CUGCACUUCAUCUUCUUCAUCUUGUUGGUGUUUUUGUUUUUAUAGUUGUUUUUAACUAUGGUUUGAAUCUUUAAAGUAAUCCAUGAUAAAUAAAUUGAUCUUUUUCUCAGAUCUGUCAUAUGUAUAUAGUCUUCUCUGAUAUGUGCUUUCUCUUCUUUUUUCACCUCCUGUACUAUUCAUCAUGUACUUGUGGUGAUGGAAGGAGUUCCCAUCAUCUGUAAAAAAGUUUAUUUUUUCAAUCAGGAAAGAAACAUCAUAGCUUGAACAUGAACCCAGCAAACUAAACAGAGGUUUGUAAUGCUUCAUAUUGUUUGCGAAUGAUUUUGGAUUCAGGAGUUAAUAUUUUUGCAAUCAAGCUGCUGUAAUUCCUAACAUAGACGAUAUACAACAAGAGAACUUCGUGCCUCGGCACUUUGGAAACUCUACUAGGUCACAGAUGGAUAACCUCAAACUCAGAGGAUUGCAAAAUCAAACUACUAGGCCAAAUGCCUCAAAUCCUGGCCUUGACACUUCCCUGCAAAGUCAAAUUAGGGGUUUAAAUACUCAACAAGUCGGAUAUGAUUCAUUUUGGAAUUAUGUUGAAGAAAGGGCUGAUGAUAGUAGAAUGAAGUGUAAGUUUUGUCCACAUACAUAUGCCAUUAAAACUUCCAUUUCAAGGAUCAAAUGGCAUUUAUCAGGAGAAGAAGGGCAUGGUGUUGCCAUUUGUCGUGGGGUGUCUAAAGAAGUUCAAGAAGCAGCCUUUCUAGCUAUGUGUGGUGGCAACAAAAGACUUAAAAGGACAGAAAGUUCAAUCAAUGCUAAUGAUUCUAGAAUUUCAACUUGUCCACAAGAACAAGACAUUAAGAUUGAAAAUAUGGGAGGAGGUAUUGGAAGGGUACAAAUAGAAGUUCAGGUUGUAGAACCUGGAGUAGAGGAAGAGAGAAUUUCUUCACAAGCAAUAGCAAGAAACGACAAAGUAAGCUCCAACUCCGAGGAUGACCUCCAAGUCACAGGAUUGCAAAUUCAAACUGCUAGACCAAAUGCCUCAAAUCCUGGCCUUGACACUUCGCUGCAAAGUCAACUUAGGGGUUUAAAUACUCAACAAGUUGAAAUGGUUGGAUCAAAGGAUCCAUUUUGGAAUUAUAUUGAAGAUAUGGCUGAUGGUAGCAUGAAGUGUAAGUUUUGUCCACAUACAUUUUCCAAUAAAACCUCCAUUUCAAGGAUCAAAUGGCAUUUAUCAGGAGAGGAAGGGCAUAAUGUUGCCAUUUGUUGUGGGGUGACUAAAGAAGUUCAAGUAGCAGCCUUUCUAGCUAUCUGUGGUGGCAAGAAAAGACUUAAAAGCACAGAAAGCUCAAUCAAUGUUAAUGAUUCUGGAAUUUCAACUUGUCCACAAGAACAAGACAUUAAGAUUGAAAAUAUGGGAGGAGGUAUUGGAAAGGUACAAAGAGAAGUUCAACUUGUAGAACCUGGAGUAGAGGAAGAGAGGAUUUCUUCACAUGCAAUAGCAAGAAAUGAAGAAGUAAGCAUGACCGGAGUGAGAGCACAUGAAGAUAGAGUUUCCAAAGAGGCACUUGAGAGUAGACUGAGGACAGAACCAGUGGAUCGAGCGUUGGAACAAAGCAAUGCAGUACUUGGCAAUUUGGCAGGGUGUGCUGGAAGGAUACAAGUGGGAGUUCGGGGCAUGGAAAAAGGUCCCGGAGAAGAGAGAAUUCAGUUGCAUUUACAAACAGAAAAUGGCAUAGAAAACGCUGGUGAAGAAUUUUUUCAGCAUGAUGCAUUUGAGAGUAUACCAAGAACAGGGAAAGUGCAGCUUCUGGAGCCGCGAGGAGAUUCAUCCCAAUUUUGUCUUGACAUUGAAAGAUGUUAUGAUCAACCUUGUGCUGCAUCAGUAAAAAAUGAGGUAACUAUGCAUGGUGAGCAGGACAUGGUUAGAGUGAGGACAGAACCAGUGGAGGAGGAGGAGGAUGUGGAGAGUAGUGGAAGAUCAGUAGUGCAGGCUGGCGCAGGAGCUAGAUCUUCUAAAAGUCUGAAAGACAACAAUUCUACAGGAGUUCCAUUACCUACUAGCUCUACAAAGCCAGUGGGUCAAGCAUUCGAAGAGAAUACGAAGGUGAUAUGGUCUUUGUUAAUAGAUGAUGAAGUCCCAACCAUUGGUGUUUAUGGGAUGGGGGGAGUUGGUAAAACAACAAUACUGCAACAUAUCCAUAAUGAACUUCUACAAAGACCAGAUAUUUGUGAUCAUGUUUGGUGGGUGACCGUGUCUCAAGAUUUCAGCAUUAAUAGAUUGCAGAAUGUUAUUGCUAAACUUCUUGAUCUUGACCUUUCAAGGGAGGUUGAUAAUCUGCAUAGAGCUGCCAAAUUAUCAGAAGAACUAAUGAAGAAACAAAAAUGGAUUCUUAUUUUAGAUGAUUUGUGGAAUAGUUUUGAGCUUCAAAAAGUGGGAAUUCCUGUCCGGUUGAAAGGAUGCAAGUUGAUUAUGACAACUAGAUCAGAAACAAUUUGUCAUCAGAUGACUUGCCAACACAAAAUCAAAGUAAAGCCACUUUCUGAGGGAGAAGCUUGGAAUUUGUUCAUGGAGAAACUUGGAUGUGAUAUAGCACUUUCACCAGAAGUUGCAAAAGCUAUUGCUAGGGAAUGUGCUGGUUUGCCUUUGGGAAUUAGUACAGUGGCAAGAAGCUUAAGGGGAGUUGAUGACCUACAUGAGUGGAGAAAUGCAUUGAAGAAAUUGAGAGAAUCUCAAUUUAGAGACAAGGAAGUAUUCAAGUUAUUGAGGUUUAGUUAUGAUCGGUUAGGUGAUUUAGCACUUCAACAAUGUCUCUUGUAUUGUGCAUUAUUUCCUGAAGAUUGUGAGAUUGAAAGGGAGAUGUUGAUAGGUUAUUUGAUCGAUGAGGGAAUAAUUAAAGGAAUGAGGAGCAGGAAAGAUGCAUUUGAUGAGGGCCACACGAUGCUUAAUAGACUCGAACGUGUCUGCCUAUUAGAAAGUGCUCAAAUGACACAUUUUAAGAUGCAUGACUUGAUUAGGGACAUGGCCAUUCAUAUACUGCUAGAGAACUCUCAAGUCAUGGUGAAAGCAGGUGCACAAUUAAAAGAGUUGCCAGAUGCAGAGGAGUGGACAGAGAAUCUCACAAAAGUCUCACUAAUGCAAAACCAAAUUAAAGCAAUUCCUUCCAGCUAUUCACCUAGGUGUCCCUAUCUAUCAACUCUAUUGCUUUGUCAAAAUCGUUGGUUGGGAUUUAUUGCAGAUUCAUUUUUCAAGCUAUUGCAUGGGCUCAAGGUCCUCGAUCUGUCUUGCACAGGUAUUAAAAAUUUGCCAGACUCUGUCUCUGAUUUGGUGAGUCUCACUGCAUUAUUGCUCAAUGAUUGUUGGAAGUUAAGACAUGUUCCAUCAUUAAAGAAGCUCAGGGAACUGAGAAGGUUGGAUCUCUCUUGCACUACACUUGAAAAGAUGCCUCAAGGAAUGAAAUGCCUAGCCAACCUAAGGUAUCUUAGAAUGAAUGGAUGUGGUGAAAAGGAGUUUCCUAGUGGGAUAUUACCAAACCUCUCUCACCUGCAAGUCUUUGUACUAUAAGAGUUUUUUAAGGAUUUUUAUGCUCCAAUAACAGUUGAAGGAAAGGAAGUAGGAUCCUUAAGAAAUUUGGAAACUUUGGAAUGCCAUUUCAAAGGUGUCUCUGACUUCGUGGAUCAUCUCAGAUCUCGGGAUGGGAUCCUAUCAUUAAGCACAUACAAAAUUUCAAUAGGAAUGGUGGAUGAAGAUUUUUGGGAAUACAUUGAUUUUUUUCCAAGUAAAACAGUUGGGUUGAGUAAUGUGUGUAUCAACGGAGAUAGAGAUUUUCAGGUCAGGUUCUUAAAUGGCAUUCAAGGACUGGUUUGUCAAUGUAUCGAUGCAAAAAGUUUAUGUGAUGUUUUGUCAUUAGAGAAGGCAACUGAACUGGAGGAGAUCAGCAUUCGGGGUUGCAAUAACAUGGAGAGCUUGUUUUCAUCUUCUUGGUUCUGCAAUGCUCCACCACCAUUACCAUCGUAUAAUGGUGUCUUUUCUGGUCUUAAAGAGUUUUAUUGCCGUGAUUGUAAGAGUAUGAAGAAGCUGUUCCCACUUUUGUUGUUGCCAAACCUCGUAAACCUGGAAAUGAUUGAUGUUAGUGAUUGUGAGAAAAUGGAGGAGAUAAUAGGAACAACAGAUGAAGAAAGCAACGCCUGCAAUUCCAUCGCGGAGUUGAAACUCCCAAAGUUAAGAGCUCUGAGACUGAGAUAUUUACCAGAAUUGAAAAGCAUUUGGAGUGCAAAACUGAUUUGCAAUUCUCUUGAAGAUAUUACUGUAAUGUAUUGUGAGAAGCUGAAGAGGAUGCCAAUUUGUAUUCCGUUGCUUGAAAAUGGCCAGCCAUCUCCUCCCCCUUCUCUUAAAAAUAUCUAUUCAAGUCCAGAAGAAUGGUGGGAGACAGUAGUGGAGUGGAAGCAUCCUAAUACAAAGGAUGUCCUUCGUCCCUUCAUAAAAUUUUGGCCCUUAAUAUAAUAUAAUAUAAUAUAAUAUAAUAUUAUAGAAUAAAGGGUAAGCAUCAUCUUUUAUGUCAAGUUAAUUUCUGGUUGUUUGGACUCGUUAAGCGUUUAUUAGUAAGAAAUAUUUCUUGUUUA